GACAAUUAUGUAGAAGGUAAUGUGAACAGAGAAGACCCAACACCUGUACGCGAUACGCACGAUGACAUGAUGGUAAGUGAUUGUAUUAUUUAUGUACUAACGAUAACAUUUCGGUGUUUAUAACAGGUCUAAUUAUACGUCUAAUCUCUCACAUUCCAAAAAUAAUGUCAAUAAAAUUCGCAACACAGUCCCCACAACUCAAGAGGCGAUUUACGAGUCUCACUUUUUUUUUACUUCGUAGGCAUAAAUCAAAUGUUAUAUUCAAAAUCAGGUUGAAAGUUUUGAUCACGAGUCACAGAUAUUCCUCACUCGGCAUUUUCUUAUUUUUAGUCCGUUGUUUAGUUUAACCCAACACAAUUAUUAAGUAUUUUGAUUGAAAAUAUAGAAAAAAAUCUAGCGAAUGAAGGAGAAAGUUCGAAAAACAUUCAAAUGUGAUUCAACGAAAGAUAUAAAAUAAAAAGAUCAUUUUGCAAAAAUAUUCCAUUACAUCAGCUACACGGAAGUAUUCACGACCAUUAAAUGAAGUCGCAAUUAUAGUAUAAUCGAGACAAAUGUCUUGUUAGAAUUUUACAACAACACCAGGAUGACGUUUCCAUACACUGGUAGUGUUCGUUUAUUUAAUAUCUAUUCUACAGGCACUGAAGAGCAGCACGACAAGGAAAGAGCAAGUAAGAAAGGUUUGCCGGAAAUCAAACAUGACCAAAAUAUUUGGAAAUGUGUCCGAAAUAAAAAUGAGAAGAAAGAAUCUUCUUUAUCAUCACUUGAUCGUCGAUGAAUCUCACAGAGUUAUUUAUUGCUACAUACCGAAGGUUGCCUGUACACAAUUGAAGAGAAUAUUUAUUGUGUUGAAUAAUGAAAGUGCGAGUGUUACACAGUUGGAUCACCAAGAAACACACUCUCGUCAAAAUCUGGUGUUUUUAAGUGACAAAAAAUAUAGCGAAGAGCAACGUCAGCAAAUGUUAACGAAUUUUUACAAGUUUAUGAUUGUUCGAGAUCCCUUGGAACGGCUUUUGUCUGCUUGGAAAGAAAAAUUAAAAGGACAAAUAGUUGCAAGCCUAUGGCUGGAAGCAAUUGCCAGACAUGUGAGAGUAUAUCGAAAUUAUCCCGCAAAUGAAAUUUCCCUUGUACAAAAUGUAACUUUCCAUGAAUAUAUAGGUUACCUCACUGACGAAAUGCCACUUGAUUUAAACGAACAUUUUAUGCGAUUCAACGUUCUGUGCAGUCCGUGCGAUGUUCACUACGAUUUCAUUAGUUUGAUUGAUAAUCUUCAAAGGGACUUGAAUUACUUAGCAAAACAAAUCAAUCUAAAUAGAGAAACGCAUUUUAUUCAACAAAAAUCGAGCAUACCGCAGAUGACAACAAAAAAAUCGACAGCAAGUUAUUUUAAAAGCCUUCCAAAAAUUAUUUUCCAUAAACUUAUUAAUCUGUACAAACUGGAUCAUGAAUUGUUUGGUUUUUCGUUACCGACGUACGAAACAUUGGAUGAACGGAUUUGAUCAAGAUAACGGAGUAGAAUCAAAAGAAAUUCCUAGAAAUAGGAUGACACGUGAUAUUUUAAAGCUGUGGCAAUAGGCAAAGAGCUACAAAUAUUUAAGCGUUACCCGCACUAACUUAUAAUAAGAUUACCAAUGUAAGGGCAGUAGGGCACUGGCCUCCUAAUAGUCGACAAUGCACCCU